UCUUUCAGUCCAAUGUACUACCAAUUUUUUUUUGUUUUCUGUUCUUUUUUUUAGUUGUUGUCAACAUGUACUAUUAAUUCAGUGUACUAAAUUUAAAAGUAAUUAUGAAGUAAGUUGACAUUAUAAUAAAAACUUAAAUUCUUAGAAAUAUGAACCAUUUAUAGCCAGACGUACUCUGCAGUCGAUAUCUUGGUAUGCAUGCUAUUUCUCUCUUUCUCUUUCUCAACACACCUCCAUAGCUCGCUCGUCCUCAACACGCUCAGCUAUCCAUUUAUAUCUAUUCACCCCUUUUCCCCCUCGUAAUACUAUACACAGUUGAAAUUAAUCUUCAAGAAAAUGGGGUUUGUAGCUCGAUUUUUAGUUUUCAUGUCACUCUUUACCGGUUUAGUCUCCGGAUUUGCUCUGCAAAAGCUUCCUCUUAUACAGUUCGACGAAGGUUACACACAUCUAUUCGGUGACCAGAAUAUGAUUGUUAACAGAGACGGAAAAUCUGUCCGGUUAAUACUUGAUGAGAGAACCGGCUCAGGGUUUGUCUCAAAUGAUAUUUACUUACAUGGGUUCUUCAGUUCUUCUAUCAAAUUGCCAGCAGAUUACUCUGCAGGAGUUGUUAUUGCCUUCUAUCUGUCAAAUGGGGACAUAUAUGAGAAGAAUCAUGACGAGAUUGAUUUUGAGUUUCUCGGGAACAUCAGAGGCAAAGAAUGGAGGAUUCAGACCAACAUAUAUGGUAACGGAAGCACGCAUUUGGGCAGAGAAGAAAGAUACAAUCUUUGGUUCGACCCAACAGAAGAUUUUCACCAGUACAGUAUCAUGUGGUCUCACUCUCACAUCAUAUUUUAUGUAGACAAUAUUCCGAUCAGAGAGGUCAAACGUACGGCGUCAAUGGGCGGUGACUUCCCGGCGAAGCCUAUGUCUUUAUACGCAACCAUAUGGGAUGGUUCCAAAUGGGCGACCAACGGUGGCAAGUAUGGUGUAAAUUACAAAUUUGCCCCAUAUGUUGCUCAGUUCACCGAUAUGAUCCUCCACGGCUGCGCCGUUGACCCUAUCGAGAAGGUUCUGAGCUGCCAAGACGGAGCCGCAGAGGAUCUACGGCUAGCGUCGGAGAUAACAGAGUCUCAGAGGAAGAAAAUGGACAGCUUGCGGCGGAAACACAUGACUUAUUCGUAUUGUUAUGACCGUACGAGGUACAAGGUGGCUUUGCCGGAGUGUGUGGUGAACCCGGAGGAGGCUAAGCGGCUUAGGGUCUAUGAUCCGGUAACGUUCGGUGGGAUCCCUCACCGUCACCGUCAUGGGAAGCACCGUAGCAAGAGCCGCCAGUCGAUAUGAUUUGGUGGUGUGUAUUAUUUUAGCUAGAGGGGUUUUUUUUUUGGCAUUUUCUAUCUUGUAUAGGAAUAUGAAUUAUGGACUGAGCGAUGGAUUGACAGUACUGAGAUAUUUUUAUUUACCCCCACUAAAAAUUGUCGUGAAACAUAAUAAUAAAAUAUUUUGAAUAUUUUA